UUCUUAAUUUCUGCUUAAAUUUUCUUUUAUAGAUACGCUAUAUAUAUCCGAUGGCGAUAUCAUUGUCUUUCUCCCAAGUUUUCCUCUUGUUUCUUUGUCUCUUCCAAACCCCUGGCACGCAUUCGGUGUUGAUGAUGAACAUCAAAAAUUCAUGCGAGGACACCAUAUGGCCGGCUUAUGUCUCCAAACCCCACUCCUCGGAGCUCCCGAAGAAUUCGACCGGUUUCACCCUCCGGCCGGGAGAAUCCAAGAUCGUCUCAGCUCCGGCCAACUGGGACGGCACUCUAUGGGGCCGAACCCACUGCAGCGGAAACACCACGGCCCAUAAAUUCACUUGCGGGACCGGGGACUGCGGCUCCUCGGCCCUGGAAUGCCCCAGUGGAACCGCCGCUCCUGCCGCCACUACUCUUGCCGAAUUCACCCCGAAGGGCGCAGCGGGAGAGUACGCCUACUCCGUCAGCCUCGCGAAGGGGUUCAACCUGCCCAUGACGGUGGUUCCGAGAGGUAAUAGUCAUCAAUCAAUUAGCGACUGCAAGGCAACUGGUUGCGUUGCGGAUCUGAACAAGGAAUGCCCUAAGGACGUCCAAGUUGUGCGUGGCAACGAUGUUAUUGGGUGUAACAGCGCGUGCGAGGCGUUUAAGGAAACUCAUGAUCACUACUGUGGUCGUUCUAGCACUUACUCCGAUCAUUUCAAGGGACUCUGCCCAGGUACUCAGGCCUAUGAAAACGACAAGACAAACACAUUCUUCUCAUGUGCUUCUGCAGAUUACUAUGAUGUUAACUUCUGUGCUUCAAGUUUUCCUUCAAGUUCUCCACGCUUCGUAACCCACAGUACUGCGAGUUCGCCGGAAGUGUACGGUCCAGGGGAGGAGUUGUGGGAUAACAGUGGCAAAAGUACUCCCUUGCUCAUCAAAAUAAUCGCUUCUAUUUCUGGGACCAUCGUGGGAGGACCAUUUUUAAUGUGGCUGGUGCAUAUCAUUUGGAGUCGUUACCAAAGGGCCGAUCACAGCCGUCCAUUUUUUUGUCAUCUCAAACUCAUCUUCGAGUGUCGUAGCAACUGGAUCUGUAACUGUUGCACUAACAAUUCCAAUCCUCAAGAAAACUCAUCAGCAAUGCAUCACGUCCCCUCAAAAUUUCCGAACCAAAGGGAGCAAAUUAUGAAGAAAGUAAGACGUUAAUAUAUGCAUACGUACCUGCUAUAUAUACCUUGUUUCCUAAGAUAUUUGAGUACCACGUGAUUCUGGUAUACAUAUCUACACGCGUGUGAGUUCUCGGAUCGGGUGCGACGAUACGGCGGAGGGAGGCGGUGGCUGCCGGAGAUCUUGUUCAUUUUCUGUUUGUGUUAAUAAAUAGGUACUCGCUGGUUUUAUAACGGGCUUUAUAAUUGGGGAUGAUCUAACUAUAUGUUUCUGUAUUUGGUUGAUUUCGGGCCCGUUUAGUUCGCUGAUUUGAGUUUUUAAUUUGAGUUAAGAUGUGAUGUUAUG